CAUCUCCUUCACCGUCUAAAGGAAGUUUCAUCAGAGGAGAGGUCAGAAGCCCCAACUGGACCCGACACCAGCGGGAAGUUCUGAUGGAUCUGGCCGGCGCCGCCCGCCGUGGUGUUGCUAGUAAACACCAAAACGCUUUAGCUUCAUGUCGCCUGGGAUCACCUGCAGUCACUUCUCUGGGUUCACCGUCACGUCCAGAACCGACCCAAAGCCGACUCCAUCUUCAGAGCUCAACAGGAAAUGAAGGUCGCAGGAAGGCUAUGAAGCCUGAUAUGGACAUAAACAUGUUCACGGAUCCCAGAGAUGGGGAGAACCUCACGGUGCCGCCGAACCUGACCCAGCGGGCCUCGGAGAACAUCGAGCAUUACCUCAUCAACCUCUUCCUGUCUGGGUUUUACACCCUGAUUCUGUUUCCUGUCGGCCUGGUGGGGAACUUCCUGAUCCUGGUGGUCAACCUGGCCCACCGGGGCCGGCUGUCGGCGCCGGACCGGUACUUCGCCAACCUGGCGGCGGCCGACCUGAUCCUGGUGGCCGAUUCCCUGAUCGAGGUGUUCAACCUGAAGAAGGGUUACUAUGACAACGCCGGCCUCUGCACCUUCAUGAACCUCUUCCAGCAGGUCAACCUGUACAGCAGCGUCUUCUUCCUCACCUGGAUGAGCUUCGACCGCUUCGUGUCGCUGACCCGAAUCGCCGCCGGCGCCGCACAUGCCUGCCGUAGCUGCUGCCUCAUCUGGGCGUUCGCGGUGCUGCUCACCUUGCUGCCGUUCGCCGUCGCCCAGGUGCAGCACUCCGGCGAGCUCAACUUCUGCUUCGCCAACGUCAGCCAGGUGCAGUGGCUGGAGGUGACGGUGGGCUUCCUGCUGCCGCUCUGCAUCCUGGCCGUGUGCUACUGGAGGAUCGCGCAGGUGCUGCGGCGCAGCCAGAGGCAGCGGGGCAACCAGCAGCACCGGCCCCGCCGGCAGCGAGCGCUGCGCAUGAUCGCCGCCACCGUGCUGGUCUUCUUCAUCUGCUGGCUGCCAGUGAACGUCUUCAUCAGCGUUCACCUCCUGAGUGGCGCCGACACGGCGGGCGCCGUCACGCUGUGGGAGCUUUACCCGCUGACGGGCCACGCCGUCCGGCUCGCAGCCUUCUCCAACAGCUGCCUCAACCCGCUAAUCUACGGCUUCCUGGGCGAAACGUUUCGGAAGAAGCUGAGGCUGUUCCUCCAGGAGAAAAGCCGCAGCGCCAAGCUGCAACGGUUCGCUUCGGAAAAACACAUUUAUGCUCCAGUUGCACCGACAUGUCAGCAUAACACAUGCGACACAUCGAGUCCCUCCACUAAGUCCAGCUCUAACGGCCUCCUGACGGAAACCACAGAGGCCUUUAUGCUGACUUGUGACGUAAAGGCUCUUUAAGGGACAAAGAGGAAGCGAGGACUUUAACUGAUGUAAAAACUGAGAAUUAUUUCUUUAUUUUUAAAUAAAACUCAAAGUUUCCAGAGCAAAUCUUCAUUAAAAAAAUCCAACAGUUGAUGGCAUCUCAAUGUGCUGAAAGUAAAACCUGUGCUGGGCACAUGUAAGCUAAUGCGCUAAUCUUUCCUUUAGCGAUUUUAACAAACAGGACAAACAUUACAUUUUGAUGAGCACCAGAAUCAAAACUAUCAACACAAAUCAAAUAUGUUGGUCAAGGUUUGAUUUUUUCUGGUUCCAAAACAACUAAAAACUUUUAGUCUUGAUUUAAAGGAACUCUGUGUUUCAGCAGUUUUGC